ACAGCUGAAAGGGAAAACCCCAGUUCACUCACCCACCUACUUCCUAAUUUGAGUGAAUGAGAGAGGGAGACUCUGUGAAUUCAGUUCAGAUCAUAGAGCGAGCGAGCAGCACAGCGCAGAGGUUAUCAUCAUGACUGCAGCGCGUGAUCAAUAGCCUAAUAAUAAUAAUGCACAUGUCAAAUUGUCAUUGCCCUAAAAUGGCAUUCUUCUAAUUGCAUGUGAAAUUAAUUGGGAUGUUUAUUCAGUUCUAUUUUUUUUUUUAAACUGACCAUUUAAUAGAAAACUUUGUGCAUAAGCGAAGGCUAUGAAUUUAAAUGCUUCAGUGAGCUGUGCUAAAACAUAUUGAGCAAAGCAUGUAAGUAUGUUGUUUAAUCUGGGCAGCAAGAGGUGAUAGUCAUCUUGGGACCGAGUCAAGUUAGUCAUAUUGACAUAAUGUUAAUAAAAGGAUUCGUCUAGGACCCAUAUAUCGCCUACCUGAGGACGAGGACAAUGACAAUGAGCGGCAGUAAUCACACUGUGCGAUCUGUGCCACUGGAUCUUACCAACAAAACCAGAGAGCGUGGGAGCUGCGCGCAACCGGGAGACCAAGGUCGCCCUAAACAUACUCCAGAAAGACAGGUGAAACCGAAGCACAAGUUCAGCAAUGGACACGGGAUACUUCCCCCUGAAUCACGGGACAGUUGUGAUGGAUCAGUUUCGCAGACGACUCAAACAGAUGAUGGGGAUGUCAGGGCAAGCAGGACGCGUGAGGGUCCCACACAAACCCGACCUAUAACCCCUAAGUGCAACAAUCAAACGGACGCUGCAGGGAAACCGACAGAUUCCUCAUUUUCCACGCGUCCGAUAAAGAAACGUCCUUUCCCUCCGGAUGUGGAUCAUGAUACCAGUGGUCCAAGAAAUAUUCCACAUAGCCCGGGUGCAAAAGAGUUGAAGGACUCUGCCGUGGGUCAAAUACACACAGAUGCACCGCUGAGAUUCAACUCAUUUCGUGGUCUCCCGAGCACUGACCAGUUCGUAACACCAUGUCUUAUAGCAGGCUACCCAUUUUUCCAGUGGUCUCGGCAUUACAGCCAACAGAAAUCCAUUGCUAUUCCGGUUCCCACUCUUUCGCCUCCUCUGCCGCUGGAAAGCACAGAUCGUCUGCUGGCAGAUAUUGCUGCGGCAACAUGUCAGGAUGAAGAUGGUGACACACCUCUUCACAUUGCUGUGGUCAAGGAGAACAUCCAACUGGUCAGUUGGCUUAUUGAAAUAUUUCGACGGGCCCACAAAGACCUGGACAUUUUCAAUAACCUACGACAGACACCAUUGCACUUGGCUGUAAUCACCCAUCAGCCUUUUCUGGUGAAAGCUUUCCUGGAUGCAGGAUCUGACCCUGGAGCUCUGGACCGUAAUGGACAGACAGCGCUGCACUUGUGCUGUGAGCACACAGAUGUAGACUGCCUCUCUGUCAUCCUCAGACACUACCCCCAAAACCCUUUGCCCCACCUGGAGAUCAGGAACUAUGAGGGUCUGACACCCCUCCACCUGGCUGUGCAGAAAGGAGAUAAAACAUUGACAAGACUCACAUUGGAGAGCGGAGCUGAAAUCAACGCUGGGGAUAAUAAAAGCGGUCGCAGUGCACUGAUUCAUGCUGUAGAAAACAACUCUAUUGACAUGGUCAUCUUGCUGAUCGAGAGUGGGUGUGAUGUGAACGCACAGUCUUAUAGUGGGAACACAGCCUUACACAGCGCCUGUGGCAGAGGUCAGAUAGAGAUUGUCAGGGUCUUGCUGAAGAAUGGAGCUGACAGUAGUCUUAAAAACAACCACAAUGACACCGCCAUCAUGGUAGCAAAAAACAAAAAGGUGUCUGAUGUGCUGCGUGGGAGGGGCACUCGCACCUGCAAUGGGAAAACGUUACCUAGCGGUAAUGGCUCUCUGUCCCCUGGCAGCUCCAACCAUUCUCCCCGGAUGACUCCCACUUUUCAGCGCAGUACAUCGCAUUCUCCUGUGACUCCAAAUUUACCACGAAGUCAGUCAGCAGAGAGCAUUUCAGAACAUCAAUCACCGAUGAACAGCAAUGAAAAAACCCUUCUGCAAAUGUUGCCUCGGACACACCAUAAUAUAGCAGUAGACAACAGGGCAGGCUACGGAAUGGGACUCCAUCCUUUCCCGUAUCUGUCACCGUCUGGGUACGACCAAAUUAAGCCGCCUGUCUCUCACAUCCAGAGAAGGACUCUAAUCGCUUCCCCUCUUUACUAUCCCCCUGGUAUUCAAAGACCUCCAUAUUACUCAGAUACACAGAUAAUCUUACUCCCCAGUAUCCCUGUGCCAAUAAUCCCAUAUGGCUCUCCCUCACAGGGUGCUGGUAACCAAUCACGGCCAUCCAGUCGCAGCAGUGACCAAUCAGACAUGUCUACUGUGAGUGUAAACAGUGAAGAAAGAGGUGUGAGUUGAUAGCUGCUAGAUAUUUAAACAGCUGGCCCUCUUAAAGGGAUAGUUCACCCAAAAAUGAAAAUCCUGUUUGAACAUGUUGUAACUAAAUGGCUUUGGUGACCAUAGACUUCAAUUAGUAAGGUUCCAGCAUGAGUAAAUGAUGACUUUUGGGUGAACUGAUUCCUUUAUAAGUGGUGUUUGAAUAUUAUUUGUGGUUGGACAACAUACUGACUGAUUUAUAGCAUGUAUAUGUAUCUAAAAAAUUUUUUUAAUCUUUUCAAAUUUUUGAUGCUGAUGUUAUGAAGUUUUGCUAAAUCAAGAACAUUACUGUAUAUUUGUGUUACCAAGUGUUUUGCUAUGUAAUUGAAAUGAUUAUGGAUUAUUUUGUCAUGUAUUUUAAAGAGCUAUGAUAUUUAUACUUCUAUAGCAAGAACCUGAUCUUUUCUUUUUUCCCGGUUUCGUUGGUGUUU